GGGAAUUCCAAGUGAGCGAAGAAGAACUCUUCACUUCAGUCUUCAGUAAAAGAGAAGAAAAUGGCUGGGCGAUGUGGAUCGCUGUCGAGGUCUCUGCUCUCCACCGCCAGAUCAUCAAUCCGAUCAUCUUCUUCCUCCUCAACCUCCCUCCCCCGCCUCCGCCCUUCGCUUCCACAACGCCUCCACUCUCGCCCACCCCUCUUAUCCUCCACCAGGACUAUGGGAGAGCUAGGGUGCGUCCAAUCGCUGAUGCCACUGCACAGCGCAGUCGCCGCGGCUCGACUCACUUCCCACAUUUCCAUCGAAGCCCGUGCUUUCUGCGAGUUGUCUCAGGGUUCGUAAAUUUCCCAGGAUCGCUCAUUUUCUCUUUGUACUUAAAUACACUGUAGCUCUGCACACCAGGUGCUAUGUCAUAUGGGAUUAGAAGUACAUCCUGUUGGAACUCCAUGAUUCUUAUCUUGAUGGAGGGUGUAGGGAGUACUUUUUGAAUGUUGCUCAAUUCAAUAGGUAUUAUUUCAAGAAUUUGUCCUGUUUUUUUUGUUGCAUAAACUCACAAAGAGUUCCAGCUUUUCAUUUAUGAACUCAUAUGAGUUUUUGUUUGAUUUUUUAAGAUUUUGUAUUGUAAUUUUUAUCAUUAGAGACUACUUGUUUGACUUUAUGGAGCCCCAUAAUUUUGAAGUUGGAUAUUUAUCAACAAGAA